AUGAAUUCUACAACAAAUGGCACCAGCCACAUCCCUCCGAACGGCAUCGGUGCUCUGACAUUCACGCCGAUGCUUGCACCAAACGCUAUAUUCACCACCGUAUAUACAAUCCUUCUCAUCUUACAACUCGUCCUAACCGUUCGAUUCUGGCGCUACUAUGGUUACGCAAUCGGCAUGCUUGGCGGCCUCAUCCUCGAGCUCGUAGGCUACAUCGCCAAAGUCCAACUUUCCCACAACCGAGCAGACAAGAACGGAUACAUCAUGUACAUCAUCGGCCUCACUCUAGGUCCUACAUUCCUCUCCUCGUCGCUAUACCUCGGCAUCAGCGCCCUGCAAAGACACUACGAAGCAGCUCGGUUCUCACAUCUCAGGCCCAAGCUCUUCGCUACAAUGUUUAUUCUUGGGGAUUUUAUUUGUCUUUGCUUCAUUGGAUGCGGAGGCUCGCUCGCCGCAAUCUACGCCGAGAAUCCGAUUGGAGUCGAUCUUAUGAUUGCAGGGCUCGCCACUCAAGUUCUCUUUACAACCAUAUUCUGCAUUCUCCUUGCGUUAGUGUGCAGAAAGAUACACUAUCAUCUUGCUCAAGAUAACAAGAUCAGCUACAUAUAUUGCGUAGCAACAGCUGCCAUCUGUCUUUUCAUCCGCUCUUGCUGGCGCGUAGCCGAGCUAAAUGGAGGCUUCAACGGCCCUCUAUCAGAUAAAGAAGGCAUCUUUAUUGCCUUGGAUUCCAUUCCCAUGAUCAUCAUGUCGGUUCUCCUGACAGUGACUCAUCCAGAGUUUUGGUUCGACAAGCGAAGCCAUCUGAGGCUAUCGGAGGCAAAUGCAGCAUUAUCCUUCUCUUGCCAGUCAAAUAUGACAUACGACGUCCUACUAACAUGA